AUGCAGCCCGAUGUGUUGUUCAAGGAGCUCACGACGUUCUGGACGGAAACUCCGGCGAUUGGGGAAAGCCUUGGUUCUUCCUUGGACCGUUGCACCUUUGUCGAAGCCAUGGAAAUGGUUGAGGGCGAGCAUGCCAACCCAUUUAGCUUGCCCGAAGAGUUGGAAUGCUUCUGGCUGCAGCCGCCCCCGCCUGAACGCACGGAGCACGAGCGCCUGCAGGAGAAGAAGCUGCGCGUGCACGAAAAGUCCACGUGCUCUAGCAGCUAUGGGGCCAUCCGGAAGGUGCACGACCAUGAGCUGCCCAUGGCGCCAGUGUCCAAGUCGGUGAGCCUCGCGCUGGCCAACGCCAAGGCAAAGGUUCUUGAGGAGGAGCGGCCUCCCCCCCACCUUCCUCACGACGGUGGCCACCAAGCCAGCUGUGGGCUUGGUGGAGCCGCUGCACAAGAGUGA